UUGUUUACAUUUGAUUAUUAGCACACAUUUAGCACACAUUUAGUACACAUUUAACACUCAUUUAGCACACAUUUAGCACUCAUUUAGCACACAUUUAGUACACAUUUAUCACUCAUUUAGCACACAUUCACCGCCCAUUGAGUGCAGCCGGGCGGGGCGGUGUGUUUACUUGGUGCGGGCUUAACUCUCAGCUGUCCCCGCUCCUUACCUCCGUGUAUGCUGCGACGGGACUGCAACCAUGGCAGGAUAGUCAACUACAAUUUGGAGGUGAACAACUUGGGACAUUAUAAUGUCUGUCAUGCUCAUUUCCCUUCUGACAAUCCUCCUACUUUGCAUCGUGUUGUCAUGCAUCAUAUUCAGAUGGUUGGUCAACACUUUGGCUGUCAGACUCUUCCAGACUGCAUUAAAUGCAGAAUUAAAGAUCAAAUCAGUUGGACUGUUUUCUGUUCAAGGAGUUAGUAUCCACUUUCACCCGCAGCAUACUGUGGAAAUUGACAGAAUAUGGAUUUCAAGUAAACUUCUCAACCAGGAUUUGCCGAGAUACUUGGCACUGUGCGUUGGUGAGACUAGAGUUCGGUUUGAUUUGCAAGCACCUCUUGGACCACUGAUGAAGAGAAGCCAUGGCAAGAACACGAGGAAGAUUUCAGUCAGUGCCACGACACUUCGCUUUUUAUCACAACUGCUGUCGUUCCACAUUAGUUCCAUCAAUGUGAUGGUUCUAAACCUGGCCCGGUCUGAGUCUCUGUGGCACAUGACCAUCACCUGCAUCACGUUGUUACUCGACCACCACAGUAAAAGGUUGGCGUGGGACUUCUCAGUGGGACAGUUAAGCAGCAAAGUUCUAAAAAGCAGCCAGCUGGACAUUUGUUUGGCUGAAGUCGCGUUCAGCCUGUUGCUUUCAGGUGAUGUCAGGCUACCUGAGCUAAGGCCCAGCUCGCUGUCUUUGCAUGUGAGGACACUGUUAGCAGAGCUGCACGAAGGCCUCUUCCUCAGCCAGAUUAUGGUGCCUGCGUCUUCCAUAAUGACAACUGAAGAUGCAUAUCAUGAACAAACACAAGUGUGUGCUGACACAGAAUUCAUCCAAACUGAAACUGUGGAACAGUUUCACAGGCUCAUCCCACAGAAGAUCAACAUGGAAUUUGAUAAUACAAAUGUCACCUUGUCCAUGCACAGCCAGAAAAAGCACCUGAACUGGACUCUGAAGUCUUUAAAAGUGUGCUAUGGACGUGACAAUGAGCAGCUUCCCCUCAAAAGCUUUACCCCAGAGUUGAGCUUUCCCCAGAGCAGCUUGGAGCUCCUUUUAGAGGAUGGACUUCUUCUUUCUCAAAGCAGACAAAGAAUUAUCUGUGUAAACACAUUCAAGACGUCCUUACAGGUUACAUCCGUUGACAUUUCCGGCUCAUUUACAGUCAACACUUGCAUCAUCCACUAUCGUCACCAGGAGUUCUUUCACUGGCUGAAUCUUAUUCCGGGUGGACAGCAGAUGCACAGGAAGGCGUCACGUCGAAAAAUUCUACUAGAUUGUUUGUCCACCCUCCUUUUUCUUAGGCGCCUGCCCCACCUCGAUGCCCCUGUGAUGAUUUCUUCCUCUGUGUCUAACCUCAAUGUGUCCGUUCAACUGGGAGACACCACACCUUUUGCCCUAGGUUUCCUCUCAACCCAUGCAGAACUGCAGCAUCUUUUAGACUUAAAGGUUGACCAAGACAAUCCAGAGUCCCGAAAUGUGCACCAGCGGGCCUCAUUAAACUUGGACAGUUUCUGGUGGCGUGUGGGUCAAGGCUCUCAUAUCCAGCAAGCCCCUCACCCUCCUGGCAAACAUGUCUGGGGUGAAGCACUGAUUCUAGAUUCUCUCUGUCUCCAAGGUAGCUGGAAUCGACCAAGCAUGGAGAUGAAUGGCAGCCCUCCUUGUCUGAACGUGGAGUCCAGCCUGAAAGGAUUCCAAGUGGAAUUUUCAGAAACCUGCGCUUUGUGUUUAUCUCGUCUGAUGUCCCUCAUCUCCCCUCCCAGUGAAGUGGGGCCAAAGCUCUUAGAUGAGUCUACCCCUACUGGCUACGGUGUACAACCACCCUCAUCCACGCAACUGUUUUUCAAACUGGAGUGUCAUUUGGAGGAUGUUAAUGUUUUCACAGUCACUGACCUAGCUGGAGCACUCUCUUUGCGGAUGGAUACUGUUGGAAUCAUAAGCUGUGCAGAGAACUCAAAGGUGUCUCUACAUGGUGUUGGAUUCUCCGUGAUCAAGACACUCACAGAGAACAUGGAGACAUGUUGCUCUGCUUUUCAGAUGGCCAACCCCCUACUGAAGCUCACAACUACAGCUCUCUGUUACCACCUCACCACCCACACACUGCAGGUCCAGUGUGAAGAGGAACUUGCUGUUGUGUGGACACCUUCAGAUCAUAUGUUCUUUUAUCAGCACAUGACUCAAGCACUGUAUUGUUGGCAUAUGCUUUGUGGAGAGUCAGAAGAGGACCACACAAUCAAAUCUGAGGAAUCAGAACAGAGAAGAGGGUUGAGUUUGCUUGUUGAGUUGAGUCACACUUCUGUAACCGCCCAUGUUGGCGAGCAGAAUUACAUUCUUGUUCACACAGAAGCUCUUUCCGUCUCCAAGCACACAGGUUCAAUGCAAGUGUGCUCUCCCUCUCUUGUUUUUAACUUUGAUGGCCACAACAUAGUCUCCUUUAAAGGAUUGAAUGUGGAGACACACGCCGAGUUGCCUGAGAUGCAACUGCAUAGGAACAGCUUCCCUUUCCUUAAGACUCCUCAUAACUGCGUCUGGGUUUUGACUUGCCCAUUCCUGUCUCUUGAGUUCCCCUAUCAGUACAAUUUCUCCAAUACCUUUGACAAGGCCAUUAGUGUGCAGAAGUGGUUAAAAACUCUACACCAUCCACCAGGACCGGCCUUCAAGGCCCAGCACCGCCUACCACCAGAUGUUAUCUUCAAAAUCAGCCAGUUCUCCUUUGUCUUCCUGGAUGACAUUUUUGAGAUCAAACUUAGAGACAACUAUGAGCUGAUGAAGGACGAGAGCAAGGAAAGUGCAAAGCGUCUGCAGCUUCUAGAUAAAAAGGUGGCUGAUCUGAGGAAGCAGCAUGGAGAACUGCUGCCUGCUAGGAAGAUUGAAGAGCUGUACAGUUCACUGGAAAAAAAGCACAUUGAGAUCUACAUCCAACGUUCACGGCGCCUUUACGCUAACACGCCCAUGAGGAAGUCCUUGCUGACAUGGACUGUGUCUAACCUGGAAAUUGUCAUCCUGGCUGACCAGUCUCUUCACGGACCAGAUAGUGUGAGAGAGCAAUUGAGGGACAUUGAUAGGAUUAGUCCCUUCCCAAAAGAUGGGCUUCCUUUGGUGAUCCAGUGGUGCCGUGCUUUCAAGUUUAAAUUGACAGCAUUUUUGGUGAGAAUUCGGGACUACCCUCGCUAUCUGUUUGAGAUCCGCGACUGGGACCUGUCUGGGCGUCUGAUUGGGACUGAACAAGAUGGACAGGCCAGGGCUCAUCGCAAAGCAAUUGUUCCACUUGGUGCCCCAUGGGGAGACGCUGCAAUCCACAGGAAUAUGCCACCCCUCAAGUUCUACUAUGACUUCAAAUCCAACAUCUGCCUGUACACUAUUGUUUGGGGCCCGUGUUGGGACCCUGCAUGGAACCUCAUCGGCCAGGCAGUUGACCUUCUCACUAAACCUACAGUGGACCCAUCACCUCUUCUCGCUUGGUGGGACAAAAGUCGACUCCUGCUGCAUGGACGCUGGGUCAUGGACAUUGAUCAGGCUAAUUUACAUCAACUUGCCACAGAGGAUCCUUACAACACAACGGAGAACUUGCAUUGGGAGUGGAAUAAGCUGAACUUUGAUUGGAACCCUGGCCAGUUCAUUUUUAAGGGAGAUUUAAAUGUAAAUGUUAGAACAGCAUCAAAAUAUGACGACAUCUGCUUUCUACACCUGCCAAAUUUGUGUAUGACCCUUGAACUUCAGUGGCUUUGCCAUGGCAACCCCCAUGACCACCAUGCAGUCAUGCUCUGCUGUGCAGAGAAUGUUGCAGAUGUAACCUCAGAACAACCUCAUGAUUCCUACAGAGCUUUUCGCUCUGAAAAUCUCAACCUCUCCAUCACGAUGGACCUCAACCAGCACUGUGGCCCAGAAUCCUUACAGCCCAGAAUCUUACUGUACAGCAGCACGCUACGUUGGAUGCAGAACUUUUGGGCCACGUGGACGAGUGUGUCUCGUCCCAUCUGUAGAGGCAAGCUUUUCCAGAGUCUCAGGCCGAUACGUAAAAAGCUGGGUCAGCAUUACAAGCAGAUGUCCUACACAGCGGCCUUCCCACAACUUCAAGUGCAUUAUUGGGCUUCCUUUGCCCAACAAAGAGGUAUCCAAGUGGAAUGCAACAAAGGUCAUGUCUUCACUCGAGGGGCACAGAGACUAAUUCCACAGGCUGGCACUGUGAUGAGAAGGCUGAUCUCUGAGUGGAAUGUGACUCAGAUGGUAAGCGACCUGUCACACGUGACCGUGCACUUGAUGGCCUCUACUUGGGAUGAAACAGCGGACCACCAGAUUAAUGCUCAAGUGAAGAAGACUCACCUGCUCAGCCUGUCCUCUUUGAGUUACCAGCGACAGAGUAACCACAUAGAAGAGGAAGCAAACCUCAAGGACGAGACCAAUGCCACUUACACUCACAAGCUGCGUCUGGUGGACCUGCGCGCAUCUUGGACUACUACUAAUAGGAAUAUAGCUUUUGGGCUGUAUGACGGUUAUAAAAAGGCUUCUGUCCUGAAGAGAAACCUCUCGACCGAAGCAUUAAAGGGUCUGCGGAUUGACACACAGCAACAGGCUAAAAAGCUCAGGCGCUCCCCUUCCAACUUCUCUCCCACCGCUGCCCCCACUACACCGGUUGUGUCCACUGCCAGUCGAGCCGAGAAAAGUCCACAUGAGGGAACAUCAAUGCUCCAGAAGCUCAUUGAGGAAACUGAUAAAUUUGUGGUAUUUUCCGAGGAGGACUCCGGUGUGAGUGACCAGCUUUGUGGCAUUGCAGCCUGCCAGACCGAUGACGUCUAUAACCGCAACUGGUUUAUUGAGUUGGUCAACUGCCAGAUGAUGCUCCGGGGCACAGAGACGGCCGGCUGUGUUCUGGUGUCUGCAGCUAAGGCGCAGUUGCUCCAGUGUGAGCACCACCCAGCCUGGUACAAUGACACUCUAAAGCAGAAGACCACCUGGACCUGUCUACUGGACGGCAUGCAGUACUUUGCCACAAUGGAGCCCAACCCGUCUGAGCAAGAGGACAGGCAGUUGUGGCUGGAGGUAAAAAACAUAGAAGAGCACAGACAGAGGAACCUCGACUCAGUGCUGGAGCUGAUGGAGUGUGGCCAGGCGGUGGGAGGAAUGGUUACCACCACUACAGACUGGAACCAGCCAGCCCAGGUAAAUGAAGCACAGCAGGUACAGCGCAUCAUCUCCCGCUGCAGCUGCCGGAUGCACUACAUCAGCUACAGUCAUGACAUCAACCCAGAGCUUGCCACACAGAUUAAACCUCCCGAGCUGAGGAAUAACCAUGAAAAAGAAGAUCUACUGAAAAAACAGGCUGGUGCUGUAGACACAUUUACCCUCAUUCACCAUGACUUAGAAAUAUCUACCAACCCUGUUCAGUACGCCAUGAUCCUGGACAUCGUUAACAACCUCUUGUUGCACGUGGAGCCCAGACGCAAGGAGCACAGUGAGAAAAAGCAGCGUGUACGUUUCCAGCUGGAAAUCUCUAGUAACCCAGAGGAGCAGCGCAGCAGCAUCUUGCAUCUCCAGGAGGCGGUCAGGCAACACCUUGCUCAGAUAAGACGGCUAGAAAAGCAGAUUUACUCCAACAUCAGGACACAAACUGAGGAACUGAGCAUUGAGGAACUGAAUGAUAUCAACAUGCGACUGCAGAACCAGCUAAACCAGGAGAAGAACGACAUGCAGAUGAAGAGCGAAGAGCUCAACAUCCUCAUCAGGUGUUUUAAGGACUUUCAGCUACAGCGGGCGAACAAGCUGGAGCUGCGGAAGCCACCGGAGGAUGUGAGUGUGGCACGGAGAACCGAGAUCUACUUUGCGCAGGCCCGCUGGUGUUUGACUGAAGAAGAUGGCCAGCUCGGCAUCGCUGAGCUGGAGCUACAGAGAUUCAUGUACAGCAAGCUCAACAAGUCUGAUGACACUGCAGAGCAUCUGUUGGAGUUAGGCUGGUUUACAAUGAACAAUCUUCUGCCCAAUGCAGCAUACAAGGUGGUGCUUCGCCCUCAGAGUGCAUGUCAAUCAGGACGACAGUUUGCUCUGCGCCUCUUCAGUAAAGUGCGCCCCCCUGUGGGCGGGAUCUCUGUCAAGGAACACUUUGAAGUGAACGUGGUGCCACUCACCAUCCAACUGAUGUACCACUUCUUCAAGAGAAUGAUGGGAUUUUUCUUCCCGGGAAGAAAUGUUGAGGAGGAAGAGGUUGCUGAUGAGGAAGACAAGUUCAGAUUGGUUACCACGGGUAUCCCUGUAAAGACUCGACAGUCAUCUGAAGACACCAUAGGUGCGAUGGGGUCCAGUAAAGGUGUCACUCAGGGAAUCAACCGCACUGCUGGGGUCAGAAGGUCCUUCAGAAAACCUCCAGAGCAUCCUGUUGAUGACAUUGAUAAGAUGAAAGAAAGGGCGGCCAUGAACAAUUCCUUUAUCUACGUCAAAAUUCCUCAAGUGCCGCUCUGUGUCAGCUAUAAGGGCGAGAAGAGUAGCGUGGACUGGAAGGACCUGAACCUGGUCCUGCCGUGUUUAGAGUACCACAACAACACCUGGACGUGGUUGGACUUCGCCAUGGCUGUUAAAAGAGACAGUCGCAAAGCUCUUGUCGCACAAAUGAUAAAGGAGAAGCUGCGUCUAAAGCCCGCCACGGGCUUGGACCUGCGGGGGAAGACGUCUGAUAGCAAGGCGGACAACAGCCUUCAGCAGCAGGAGGAAGAUGAGAAGGCACGACUCCUCAUAGGUCUGAGCACUGCUGACAAAACGUCCAGCAAGAAAAGCAUCUUCAGUCGACGCAAGUGAGUCACUGUUGGCAUCUUAACGAAAUACAGGAAUUAGUGGAGCAAAUCAAGCCAUAUUUGGACUUGUGCCAUUUAAUCCUGCUGAUUGUUGGGCUUAAUUAGGACAAUAAUGUGGAGAAAAGCAACCCUUGGGUGCCUGUUGAUUAAUUAAUGACCAAAUACUACGUAAUGUUUAUUUGUGUGCCAUCCAGCUGUCACUACAUUUCAAUUGGUGGUUGCACAUUACUGCCAACUCACUUUCCUGCUGGCUCAGGAACGUUAGAAAGCACCUUCAGAACCUUGUCUAUGUUGUCUGCUGUAAGAAUCCUGUAAUUACACAAAUUGCUAUGUUUUUACCAAUUACAGCUUUGAUAAAUGCUGUCACAGUUUUGUAUAAUGGUGUCUGUCAGCCUGCAGUUAGAGAUAAACAGACACAAGCAUUUGCUUUGACCUAUUAAUAUGUUUUGUAAUUUUAACAAUACAGCACUUCUUUAUGCAAAGUAUUUUUCUAGACUAACUUGCACAACUGUUCUGCUGAGCCAGUUCAGUUUAAAAAUGUUAAAUGACUGAUAUUGAUAUUUCAACUGUACAACAAAGAAAUAUGUUUUUUUCUGUCAUCUUUUUGUGGCUUAAUGUUUGUCAAUAAAAGUGUUUAAUUGUA